CUCUUUUGUGCCCAGAUGGGCGCGGCCUAAGUGGGCAGGGCGGGCCGGGCCGGGCCGGGCAGGACAAGGUGCGCUUUUAUUACCAGUGAUCACACCGACAGCCCACAGACUUUCCUGUUGGAUGUAGUCGAGCCGUCUGGACAGCUAAAAGAAAUGACGAGCGUGGAUCCUCUAAAGUCGGCCAUUUCCAUCGGGAACGUGGACGACACCUCUCUGGCUCUGCCGUCCGGGAACCAGUACCGAACCGGACAGCAGCGGGUCCUGGAGCAGGUCCAGACCAUCAAGAGGACCAAGUCCAGGCAGCCCAGCAGCAGCAGCAGGAGCGGAUCCACUUCUCUGUCCCCGACAAGCCCUUCCUACGACUCCGUGUUCAUAGACGGUCUGAGGUCACACUCCAGUCCUCCUAAUGGCAGCGUCUUUGGAAACGGCUUCUCUCAAAGUUUCACCUUUGAGAAAAACAUUAACCGGCAAACCAGCUCCAAAGGCCCCGCCAUGAAGAGGAGCACGGUGGCGUCCGGCUACCAGUACGAGAGGAGCUACAUCCCCUCCAUGCCGGCCGCCCGGACCAGCACCAGCCGCAGCGAGCCGGAUCUGGCCUGGACUCGCUCCGUGCCCAAACGCUCCACUACGCAGCAGAGAAACAGCUCCACCAAGAACACCUACAUAACACAGAGGAGCACCAGUCAGUUCAUGACCAGCGCACCGCCCAAGCUUCAGCCUCCGCCUCUGAAAAUCCCAAACGGCUCCAGUCACAGCAAAGCAAACGGCCAGUUCAUAUGCAGUCAGACCGACAUGUCCAAAGUCACCUCCAAGACUCCCGUCACCGAGUUCACAUCCAAGAGCAAAGUAGAUUCUGGCACCAACGGAACCAGUGGAGUUUCUGACCUCACCAUGAAGGAGGCCGUGGAGUAUCUGUCCAACGAGGAGGAGACGUACCAACACUGUGGAGCUUCCUACAUCCAGCACAACACUUACAUCGACGACAGAGCUAAAGACGAGGUAUUGAAGUUCAACGGCGUCCUCCCUCUGGUGAACCUCCUGCGCAGCCCCAGCGAACAGGUCAGCUGCACGGCCUCGGCUGCCCUCCGCAACCUGUCCUUCAAAAGCGACAAAAACAAAGAGGAGAUACAGCGCUGCGACGGCAUCCCGGAGGCCGUGGCUCUGCUCAGAGACACGGACUCCGUAGAGAUCCACAAGCAGCUGACAGGUCUCCUGUGGAACUUGUCUUCUGCAGAAGACCUGAAGCCAGACCUGGUGAAGACUGCUCUGCCCGUCUUAGUGGAGCGUGUGAUCCUGCCCUACGCCACGGGUUCUAACAGCAGUAACGGCCAAUACCCCGACGUCUUCUUCAACGCCACAGGAUGUCUCAGAAACCUCAGCAGUGCAAAGCAAAGCAACAGGCAGACGAUGAGAAAGUGUCGUGGUUUGAUCGACUCUUUGGUCAGUUAUGUUAAAGACUGUGUGGAAGCAGGAAGACCAGAUGAUAAGUCGGUAGAAAACUGUGUCUGCAUCCUGCACAAUCUGACGUUCCAGCUGGAGGCGGAGGCUCCUGCUCUGUUCAGCCGGAUCACAGCUCUGUCUAGGGCUGUGAACCGGAGCCACAGCCAGAACAACAGCAGCCCAGUCGGCUGCUUCAGUCCACAGAGCAGCAAAGCUUCUGAACAGGAGCAUCACUUUGACUUCCCAGUAGUUGAGGAUCAGCAGCCGAGUGGAGCCGGCUGGUUGAUCCACUCCAAAACCCUGCAGAGCUACCUGUCUUUGCUCGGCUCUAGCAAGCGAGAAGAAACACAGGAAGCCUGCUGCGGAGCACUGCAGAAUCUCACCGCACAUGAAGGCGUUGUCUCCAAUGUAAUGAGUCAGACUAUUGUGCAGAAACUGAACGGCCUGCAGGUUCUCAGCCCUCUGCUAAGGACAAGGAAAGUCAACCUGCAGAGGAGCACGUUGGCUCUGAUGGGAAACUUGACCAAGAACCCAAACCUGCACAGUGCCAUCGGUCGUAAAGCGCUGCCAGAGCUGCUGGAGCUCCUCAGCGAGGGCACCGCUGCAGGGAACGAGUCCGACGACACCCUGGCCAUGGCCUGCCAGACCGCCAGCCGCCUGGUUCUCAAGGAACCUGAGAUGACCAAGAGCUUGAUAAACAGCAACCUGAUAAAGUCGCUGAAUGAUCUCAGCCAAAACAAAUAUUUCCCAAAAUCCAGCAAGACGGCAGCCCUGCUUCUCUUCAAACUCUGGUCAGACAGAGAUUUACAAAGCUUCCUGAAAAAGCAAGGGAUGAGUAAAUCAUCAUUCAUCAACGACACCACCAUGGCAGCACACAGGUCGAUCCAGGUCGUUGAUUAACGGCUUAACGGACCUUUUUCUGAAGUAACUCGCCUGCAAGGUCUCCACACAUCCACAGGAACUGAGGCUGAGCAGCGACCUUUCCCAUUUCACACUGAUUUUUUCAGAUUUGUAUGCAUAAUUUCUAAACAAAGCUUUCAUCAACAUGUAAUUCCAUCACCCUGCAUAUGCUGUAGGAAUGAAGGUGAAGGUUGCAGUGUAAGAUGUUGGCUACAAAACUCAUCAAUGCACAUUUUUUAAAAUUUGCUUUUCUAGUUUAACAGCUGUCAGAUGUCUUUCCAUGUAGCUUUUUGCGUCGCUACCUGCAAUCUGGGACCAUGAGCUUGUUUUAACCCUCCUGUUGUCCUCAUUUACAGGCACCAAAAAAAUAUUGUUUCCUUGUCUGAAAAAAUCCAAAAAUUCAGCCAAAAAAUACCCCAAAUUUCUGAAAAUUUGCAAAAACUUCAGGAAGAAAAUUCCAGUAAUUCCUUAAAAGUUUUAUUUUUUUUAAAAAAUCCCCCAAAUUUGGCAAGAAAAUUCUUGUAAAUAUUUUCAGAAAAUGAAUAAAAAUCUUUCAAAAAAAUCCUAAAAAUAUCUAAAGUGAUUCCAUAGAUAUCAGUGAAACUUCUGAUAUUUUCUUUAAGAACAGUCACAUAAAAAUCAACCAAAAUCCAGCGAAUCUCAGUGGAUUUUGGUUGAUUUUUUUGUGAAUGUUCUUAAGAAACAUUUUUAACAUUUCUGUUUUUUUCCACCAAAAAUGUUCAGAGAUUUCCCAAAAAUGUUGAAAAUGUGGACAUCAGAAGUUUCACUGUAAAAAUAUUUUUUCCCCACAUUUUCAAACUUUAAAACAGAUCAAUUUUGAUCCACAGGACGACACGAGGGUUAAUAGAUAAUAAUGAUGUAAGAGUUAGGAUUCUGUUUUGCACUGAUAUUUUAGUAUCAUGUAACAACUUUGUAAAAAUAGAUUUUGAUACUGUACAAUUAGUAUUCGUAGCAGAAUAUUAUUGAGGUUUGUGUAGGUGUUAUGACAUCUUAAACAGUGAUUGUUUUACAUCUUGUUGGUGGUGUAUCCAUGUUUUCUCAUGUGUUCGUGCAAUCUUGUAAUGAUCUAAGUGUGUCGUCUCUAACAGCGGCAAUAAAACUGACAGAAGUCAAACUUU